UUGUAUACGGUUGUGUUUUUUGGCCGCUCCUGAUUGUUUUGCUGCAAAGUCAAGCUAUACGUUCAUACACAUCACUAUAGGCGCUUCAAACUAUAAUACAACCUUGGCUGUUUCAUCGAUGACGAAAUUGGUCCUUAUUGAAGAAUAGUUCUACGCAAAUUUUGCAUUUAUUUUUUCAUCUUAUUUGCAAAACUAUUUCUAAAUCACUGGAAGGCGCCCACAUUUUUCACUAACACAAGGAGUAAAAUACAAACAACAGCUGGACUGCUCUAUCAAACCUAUAACUGCCGGACAAAUCGAUAAUCAUCAUACAGCUGGUAAAAGAAAUAAUCGUUAUCGAAAAACACAGGGUGCACUGCAAUACUAAAUGAGCAGCAAGCGCACUCUUUUAUCGACAUCACCUGAUCAUAAAGAACAUACACCAAAAAAAUACGCGCCGUCCCUAAAUAUGAGUGUAAGCAGUCAUCAAGACGUGUUUACAUGGAGCAAACUAUGCGAAGUCCUGGACGACAAAUUGAAGGGUGUAGCAAAGAAAGAAGAUCUGACGGAUAUCAAACAUGAAAUUGAAGAAUUAAAACAUGAGAAUUCUAAAUUAAAGGAAGACAUAAAGAAAUUAACAAACCGUCUAGAACUAGUUGACCAGAAAUCGAGAACCACAAAUAUCAUGGUACCGCCAGCGAAGUCCAAAGGGUUUUAAAUGCUAGAAGUAACCUUAAGGGACAAGCAAUUUUUAUUCAGAAGGAUUACACUGCAGCUGAACAGUCUAUUAGAUACAAUCUCAGGCAAGUUAGCAAAGUAAUAUCUAAGCAUAAAAAAGAUGUAAAAGUACGGCUUGGUGAAUUUUGUAUCUACAUCAACGAUAAACGCUUUACUUGGUUCAAUGGAAAGAUACGUUCUUCCGCUACAAACGAUGUAAAAUUUCUAGAAGAUAUAUUAGCUGAAUGCGGUUUUAGUUGUGAGGUUGUUUGCAACGAAAACGUAGUAUUAAAUAAAAACGAUAACAAUCCUUAUGUACAAUAGCUAGCUGAUUCGUGCCAUAUAAUAGCUUAUAACGUUUGUAACCUUGAAAAAUCGCUAAAUUUUGGAAACUUUAUAACCUUUUUAAAUAAGUUUGAUAUUUUCUUUUUGUUUGAAACCCAUGUUGUUGCUAAUAAACAAACUUAUUUCUCAUCAUUUUUUCAAAAUUAUUGUCUACACUGGGUUGAAGCAAUUAAAAUACAUAAAUCGGGUCGUGCUAGUGGAGGUUGCCUAUUCGGUUACAAAAGAGAAAUGAAAAAGAAAUACAAGCUAAACUUUACCGAAUGCAAUAGCCAUACAAUGCUAUCUGUGAAUAUUGACGGAAAUUUAUUCCAACUUAUCCCGACCUAUCUGAAUAGUACGAGCUGGAAGAACGAUGCAGAUAAGUUUGUAUCAUUUUUGAGCAGUCUAAAUCCAACCAGCUUCUGUAUUAUGGGAGAUCUAAAUGCAAGAAUAGGUGAACAACAAGUCCUGGACGAAAAUAUAAUCAGGGACCAACCUCAUAUAAAUGUAAUUAGGUGCUCUAAAGAUAAGAAUAUAAAUACACAAGGGAGACGGCUUUUGAAUAUGAUUGAGGACAUAGGUGGUAUUGUGGUAAAUGGAAGGACUUUAGGUGAUUUGGAUGGAAAACUUAGUUUCUUUGGUGUAAUGGGAAGCUCAUUGAUAGAUUACUGCAUUUGCUCAUCUGAUUUGUUGCAAUAUAUUGAGAAUUUUGCAAUACUUGCUAAGCCGUUUUCAGACCACAUGCCCAUCUGUCUCCAGCUUAAAAUCCCAAAGCAUUCUAGCAAUGUGACUAAACAGAAUGAUACUAGAAGACUUUAUUGGAGCGAU